GGGGCGCGGGCGGCGGGCGGACACCGAGCGGGACGGCUUGGGCCCUUCGGCCCCGCGUGCGGGGCGUCCCGGAGGUGCCCGUCCGGCGCGCGGUUUAAAUGCCCGGCGGCGCGGCGGGUGCGGGUGGGCUUGGCGUGAACGCCCAGCGCGGGGCCCGGCACCUGUCGCGGGCUGAGUACCGCGUCCGGCCUAGAGCGAGGAGACGAGGACAGUGUGGCGGUCACAUCAAGGUACUCUGUGGGCCUCGGUCGCCCCGCGCGGCCCCGUUAACUGCUGUGAUCCACUGUCGGUGUGCCAAGUGUUUCUGUUACCCUACAAAGCGAAGAAUAAGGAGGAGACCCCGGAACCUAACCAUCUUGAGCCUCCCGGAAGAUGUGCUCUUUCAUAUUCUGAAAUGGCUUUCUGUUGGAGACAUCCUGGCUGUCCGAGCUGUGCACUCCCACCUGAAGUACCUGGUGGACAACCAUGCCAGUGUCUGGGCAUGUGCCAACUUCCAGGAGCUGUGGCCUUCUCCAAGGAACCUGAGGCUCUUUGAAAGGGCUGCCGAAAAGGGAAAUUUUGAAGCUGCCGUGAAGCUGGGCAUAGCCUACCUCUACAAUGAAGGCCUGUCUGUGUCUGAUGAAGCCCGUGCGGAAGUGAACGGCUUGAAGGCCUCUCGCUUCUUCAGUCUCGCUGAGCGACUGAAUGUGGGUGCCACGCCUUUCAUUUGGCUCUUCAUCCGUCCUCCGUGGUCGGUGUCUGGAAGCUGCUGCAAGGCCGUGGUCCAUGAGAGCCUCAGGGCAGAGUGCCAGCUGCAGGGAGUGAGUCCUGGCGACGGACACAUGUGGGGCCGACGUGCCGGACAGUCCGAGCCCCAUCGGACUCACAGAGCAUCCCUACUGCACUGCCUGGGGAGAGUGCUCAGUCUCUUCGAGGAUGAAGAGCGGAAGCAGCAGGCCCGGGACCUGUUCGAAGAGUCUGCUAAUCAGGGCUGUCUGGCCAGCUCGUACCUCCUCUGGGAACGUGACAGGAGGACAGACAUGUCAGAUCCCGGGCGAUGCCUCCACAGCUUCCGGAAACUCAGGGACUACGCGGCCAAAGGCUGCUGGGAAGCACAGCUGUCUUUAGCCAAAGCCUGUGCACAAGGAGGCCAGCUGGGACUAGACGCGAAGGCCUCGGGCGGGAUGGUGCGCCAGCUGUUUCAGAUGUCCCGUGCCGUCAGCAAGCAGCAGGUCUUCUCUGUGCAGAAGGGCCUCAGCGACACGAUGAGGUACAUCUUGAUUGACUGGCUGGUGGAAGUCGCCACCAUGAAGGACUUCACGAGCCUGUGCCUCCACCUGACCGUGGAGUGCGUGGACCGGUACCUGCGGAGGAGGCCGGUGCCCCGGUUCAGGCUCCAGCUGCUGGGCAUUGCCUGCAUGGUCAUCUGCACGCGGUUUAUCAGCAAAGAGAUCCUGACGAUCCGUGAGGCUGUGUGGCUCACAGACAACACGUACAAGUAUGAGGACCUGGUGCGGAUGAUGGGAGAGAUCAUCUCUGCCCUGGAAGGGAAGAUUCGGGUCCCCACUGUGGUUGAUUACAAGGAUGUCCUGCUGACGCUGGUCCCUGUGGCGCCGAGAACCCAGCACCUGUGCAGCUUCCUGUGUGAGCUGUCCCUGCUGCACACCAGCCUGGCCGCCUACUCUCCAGCCCGCCUGGCCUCAGCCGCCCUGCUGCUCGCAAGGCUGACGCAUGGGCAGACACAGCCCUGGACCACGCAGCUGUGGGACUUGACUGGGUUCUCCUGUGAAGACCUCAUACCCUGUGUCCUGAGCCUUCAUCAAAAGUGCUUCCAUGAUGACGCCCCCAAGGACUACAGGCAAGUGUCUCUGACCGCCGUGAAGCAGCGAUUUGAGGACAAGCGCUACGAAGAGAUCAGCCAGGAAGAGGUGCUGAGCUAUGGCCAGCUGUGCGCAGCUCUGGGAGUGAAGCAGGGCAGUCCGGAGCCCACGUCUUUCCUCAGCACGGGGGACAUCCACGCCUUCCUCACGUCGCCGUCAGGACGGAGGACCAAGCGGAAGCGGGAGAACAGCCUCCAGGAGGACAGGGGCAGCUUUGUCACCACGCCCACCGCGGAGCUGUCCAGCCAGGAGGAGAUGCUGCUGGGCAGCUUUCUGGACUGGAGCCUGGACUACUGCUCUGGCUACGAGGGUGACCAGGAAAGCGAGGGCGAGAAGGAUGGUGACGUGACGGCCCCCAGCGGCAUCCUCGAUGUCACCGUGGUCUAUCUGAGCCCCGAACAGCACUGCUGCCAGGAAUCAAGUGAUGAGGAGGCCUCCCCGGAGGAUAGGGGACGCCAGGACCCACACGUCUGGGUACCAGGCCCCCAGACGCCUACUACGCCAGGGCCUGAGCCUCGGCUCUGCAGCACAAGGGAGCCAGGCAGGGACAGCGUGACCUCAGGGUACUCCUCCAUCAGCAGUGCGAGUCCCACAAACUCAGUGGACGGCGUCUCGGGGGGCCCUCCCCAAUCUACCUCAGUGCUGUCCCCAGGCAGCACCUCAGACACACAGCCUUGCCGCCAUCAUGCCAGGAAGUCGUGUUUACAGUGUCGCUCUGCGAGCCCUCCAGAGAGCAGCGUUCCCCAGAUGAAGAGGAAAAACCUAUCCACCCACAGCAAGGAGGAGGAGGAGGAAGGGAGGGACCUGAGCCGGGCUUGCUGAGGCUGUGAGUGUGCCCGCGCAUGCCACAGGGAACGUUUGCUGAGGGAGGGCUCUCGCUGCACUAGGAGACACGGCGGGGGGGGGGCGGCCGCUGGAGAUGGAUGCCAUGGGGACCGCCGAUGGCUUUCACCCAGGGAACGAAGAGACCAUGGGACACUAAGUUUCUUUUUCCAGGGUAGUCCCAUGCAAGCCGGCAGAAUGUCCAAAUCAGAACAAAAAUUUGGAUUCUUCCCUUUGGAAAGCUUAGCCUCAAAGCAAUCAUGCCACGCCCCAUGAAGCCCGUUUCUCUGUCCCCUCUUGUGUCUGUCCUGCUCUCUCUGGGGACCUUGAGCCCACGUACUGACCUCCCCAGCCCCACCGAACCCCAUCCCAGAGCCGACAGCUUUCACAGUUGAGGGCUCAUGUGACCAGGUAACUUGGUACAGCUCCCCUCCCGGCAUCUCUCUGGUUCUGGGUUGCGGUGGGGGCUGACAGCUCUGAGCGCACCACCGUCCUCAUACCUGUGCCGUGGCUCCUGUCCUCACUCGGCAGGUCCCCUGCUGAGGGAGCCCUGCCCCUGCACACUGCUGUGGACUGCAUGGGACUGCCAGGUGCGGGGGCCGUGACUGCUUUCAGGCCAGGGCCUUGACGUCUUGGCCCUAAGCUCCCUGCCCACCACACUCUCAGCUCCUUCAGAAAUCUCUUCCUUCCUCCAUAGUGGUUUGUCUUUGUCCCCAGCAGGUGGUGUCCAUACGAACACCUCUCUUUGCACUGAAUUUCUAGGCCAUUUCUUUUCUUGUCUUUAUUUCCAUCCUUCGUUCUUUAAAGAUGGAAACAAAAAAAAAUUAAAGAUAGAAGGCAUUAAAUUUUAAAGAGAGAUUCUUAACUUUAGGCUCAACUAAAGAAAAAGGGAACGUCUAUCUGAUUGAGACCCCUCAGUGGUCUCCUGACACUCUUCCCAGAGAGAUUAGACAGAAAAAAACUAAACGUCAUUUGUAACAUCUGAGGUGUCCACUGUGCAAAGGGGCGGGAUUUAGAAGACCCGUCCCCACCUGCUGGGCGAGAGUGCAUCUGCAGUGGGUUCCUGAGGCUCCCCCACACCUGCCACUUCCUGGGUGCAGCAGCCAGAACACCGGCGGGAUCUGCUCCAGACUGAGCCCGACCACCCCCGUCCACCCCGGGCGGGUGGACCACGGAGACAUGUGCCCUACAGUGGUAGCUUCUGUUUCUUCUCAAAACAUCGGGAAGAACCACCGGGCCAGGAGCGUCCCCCCACAUGCUCCUGAACCAGAGCUCUGUGGAACAAAGAGAUGGCUUUUCUGGUGCUUUGGGGGGCGUGUUCCUUGGGGAGCUGUCUUCCUGCUACUGUGAGAGAAUCCUGACUACCCUGGGUGGGGCAUGGUUGGGAUUCCUGUCAACCGUGUGCCCCUGGGCCUGUGUGAGCCUCGAUAUCCUCAUCUGUAAAAUGGGGCCAUAGUACCUACCUCACAGGGGUGUUGUGGGGAUUAAAUGUGAUGAGGGUA